CUUGAAAGGAAAUUUUGUAAAUGAUAUUUUGGUUUUCAUUUUGUAAAUUAAGCUAUUUCAUUCUUGCAGCCGUUAUCGUGGUUACAGGAUCAAACAGAAGAGCGGCAAACUUCAAAUUCAUUUGUGUGGAGUAAAGCUGCAAAAGGAUCAAAUAGAAGAAACUUUUGUGUUUCUUCUCCCUUCGCUCUAAAGGGUAAGGAAAUGGAAAAUAUGACCAACUCCUUGGAUGGAGACAGAAAAUGUGUAGGGGCAGAAGAAGUUCCCGGAGAAAUCGAAUUCGGGAUAUUCUCAGCUUCCGAAUUCGACCCGGCACAGUUUCUGAAAGCCAUAAGAAGGCAAGCUGUGGAUACUUAUAUUCCACUACCAGCCAGUACCACUGGCAUUGCUCAAUUUGCAGUUAUGAAAAACUAUGUUUCUGCCUUUUACUCUUCUCUCGGGCACAAACAACUAUCUUUGAACAAGCUCACGGCCAUCAGACGAAAAGACGAGGGCAGUGAUGGUACUAAUAAUGAUGUUAAGGAUGGAGAAGGAGAAGAGAAGGCUGCAGGGGAGAACUGCAAAGAAAACAAUGGGGAAAAAACUGCUGAAGUAAGAGCAAGAAAGAAGAGCAAAUACCUUUCCUACCCCUACAUCAACCGUUGGGACAUGAGGGGCUCAACUUCCAAAGAUCCCAAAGCCUCUUCUAGGAACAAUAGAAGAAGCAUCAUCAAGCUGAGCAGCAUGGAUAGUAAAGAAUUUGAGAGUAUGUUGGUCCAUACAUCUAUGGCUAAAAUGCUCACAAAACUACAGUUGACUGCAGUGGACUUUCUUUACCCUCUUAGAAGGAAACCCGGUUCUGCUUCGGCUAUGAUGAUGGGUUUCUUUUAUAAUUUCAGAAAACUCAUGUUCUUAAACAUGGAGCAGGGGCCAGAAGGAGAAACGCUAGUAACAGCCAUCUGGGAUCAAACCGGUCAGGAAAGUGGAGAACAGAACAAAUCAUGGGAAGAACCAGAAAUAGCAGCCCCCCGGAAUAUUGAUGGCCAGCCACCUGCUGCGGAACCAGCAGCUGACCCCAAGAAGAGAAAUGGAAAGGAGAAAGAGCCCGCACAAAAGAAGAGGCAGAGGAGGAGGAUCAAUAAUGAUCUCUCUGCCAGAGGAGUAAGCACACUUCUCUUGAGCUUUUUCCCCGGCCAUCCUCUCCCUUCCAAACAAUCUCUGGUUUCUGCAUUUGUUGAGUUUGGUCCAGUUUUGGAGCCCCUGACUCAGUUCACCAGCGAAUCUACUGCUCGGGUGAUCUUCUCUCAGGGUGAUAGUGCAGAAGCAGCCUUUAAAGGCUUAGAGAAGAGCAACCCGUUCGGGCCUGUUCUUGCCACCUUCCGAGUACUGAGUAAUAGCCCAGAAAUGGCAGCCGAAGGGGCGAGUAGCAGCAGCACCCGAACAACGUCAGAUGUCGUCCUCCCGCCUGUAGGCACUACUCCAAAUCUCCAUGAUAUGAUGUACAUGAAGAACAAAAUGGAGAUGAUGAGAGAUACCUUGGAGAGGGAAGGUCACACAAUAGAUCCGAAAAUGAGGGCAAGACUAGAAACCGAUAUCAACGCCUUCCUCAGCCGGUUGAACUCAAUGAUGGCUUCGUCUUCUUUCUCCUAGCAGCGUAGUACCCUGUAUAAUUGUGAUAAGUAGGAAGAGUAAUACCGAAUAUAAUUGUGAUUUGGUCUGUUUCAAUUCUAUCUGUUUCUUUGUUUUUACAUCUUGGUGCCAUUGUUUGUCUGGAACAAUAUAUUGGGUUUUGCGUUCCUG